GAUUUGGCCUUUUUGGGCUCAUCAGUGCAGGUGGGACCGCCUGUCUCCACGUCCUCCUUUCCUCCUGUCCUUUGGAGCAGCACUUUGGACCCCAGCGACGCUGACUCCCGCUCCAGCCCGCAGCGUUACCACGGAGACCGGGCCCAGCUGGGGGAGGGGCGCGCCCAUCCGCGCAGGCGUAGGACCUAGAAGUCGGGUCGCCUCGCCAUUGCUUGGAUUGGAGAGCAAGUGAGCGCCCAGACUCGGCCGGGCCCCGCUCCCCUCCCCUCGCCGCUAAGGUGACCACGGCGCCGCCCUCCGGGGCGCCUGAGCAGGAGCCGCGUCACUCAGGCCGCUGUCAGGGAAAAAGGGAAUCGCAGCCGGGCUGGCGGCAGCCCUGAACGUGACACGUAGCCCCGCCCCCCACCUCCCGCACCGCGGAUCCUUCAACAGCCCAGGAGAGGGGGUGUCAGAAAGGCCGCCGCAUCAGCUGGCUAGAGGCAGAGGGAGCCCCGAGACCCCCAGCUCUCAGCCUUGCCACAUUCGCUGGAACCUGAACCCCAAGGCCUGCAGCGCUGUUCCAGGGCCGGAUUUGCACAGGGCGCCCCAGCCCGAGUCCGCUGCGGGCUUCCCCCCGCCCGGCGAUCUGUGCCCGUGGGCAGGAGGCACCAUGGCCACCAGGCUUUGCACCACUGGGGCAGGGGGCUGCGCGCGGACAUGCACGGGGCCCUACUGGUCACCAGCAUCCCGGAGGGCCUGGAGGAGGAGGCCGUCAAAGCCAUCUUGCAGCCGGCCUUCCUGCCCCCCCACCCCCACCCCGGCACGUGCAGGCUGUGCAACACUAGGGCCGCGAGGGACCAGAAGGCCGAGGCCGCGGUGGAGUUUGCAGAGGCCAUAAAUCACGCCUCCGUGCCCAGACAGAUCCCGGGCAAGGGCGGCGUCCAGAGGGUUCUGUGUCACGACCGCGCGGAGGACACAAGGGUCCUGAGGCAGAUGAAAGGCCUGCUGCUGGAUGAGGGGCCCUCGAGGCAGGCCGCAGGCGCUGCAGGCCCCGGGGACACGCCCCCCUCUCCCGCUUGGCUUGGGAGACCCCGGCCCAGGGCUCAGGGCCCGCCCCCAGGAAGGCCGGCUCCCCCCAGGGAAGGGCUGCCGGGCUCGCAGAAACACAGCCAGAGGCAACAGGUAGGUGGGCCCAGCAGGGCCAGGAGAGAGAGCCAGGCGGGAGCCCGACGACUCUCUGGGGAUGGUGAUCCGCGAGCUAGCCCAGGACGACCUGAGCGCUCCACGCCCGCUCCAGGAGGUCGCCAAGAAGCUCAGGAAGAAGGAGUGGACCCUGCGGAGCGACGCGGGCGGAGGAGCGGGUCCCGCGAGUUCUUGGCCCUGGUGAGGACGGACAAAGCCAAGCAGGAGCGGGCGGAGGCAGAGCCGGGGGGCGAGGCCCUCAGCCUCCACAGCGGAGAAGCCCGGCGCCCAGGGGGGCGCGGCCCGGCUUUAGCGGCCCUGCUGGCGGUGAGAGACACGUGGCAGCAGGAGCCCAGGGACAGCGACGCUCCCGAAAGCCAGUCACAGCGAAGCGGGGAGGCAGGAGACGAGAGGGUGGACAGUCCCGAGUUUGUGGCCAUCGCGGCCUGUGCGGACCCGUGGGCCCCGUGGGCCCGUCGGGGAGGGGAGACGCUGAAAGUCGCUUGGGUGAUGGAGUCACUGGGCUGGAGCGACAAGCGAGGCCAGACAGAGGCCCUCCCCGCGGUCUUGCUCGUCCCGCGCAGGGACACUCGGGGAGCCCGCGAGAAGGUGGACGAGGCGGGCCGCCGGGAGGACGCCGUGGUCCUGCGGAAGGCCGCGGGCCGCGGGAGCCGCCGGGAGCGCAUUUCCAGCCUGGCCGAGCCCGAGCCCCCCUCCACGGGCGCGGGGACCCGGCGGGGCUGACGAGCGACGCCAAGGAAGGCGCCUGGGAAGGCGGGAGGUGCGGGCGCGCGGGAGGCGAGCCGGGCGCGGGCUCGGAGGCGGCGCCGGAGGCCGCGGGGAGCGGGGAGUCGGGGCCCGAGGCCGGGGCGUCCAG